AAAAUGUACAAUCAAAAGAAAUAAUUAUUUUACAGAUUUGAUCUAUGCGAAGGCAAGCCUUCAAACGCAAAACUGACAAUGUUUGUUGAAGUGAAUUACCUGCCGUCUUCUUCGCGCGUAAAACCAAACAAAAUGCACUAUGUUAAUUACCUGAUGACAGAUUACAAACGUGUGUCAAGCAUCUUCAUCGAAUGAAAGGGCCUAAGUAAAGAGUUAUUCAAAAUCUCGCAAAAUGCUAAUACACUUCGCAACGGUGAUCGGGCAACAUUUUGGCUCAGGUUCGUAAAAAUCGGUUCAAUCUACGAACCCUAUGAAUUCGCCUGAAACAAGAGAAUUUUCCAAAAAAAGAAAGCUUUAGUUUUCGGCUCCUAAAGCUCUGCAAAUUGAGCCAUGCAUCAAGUUUUGUAAAUGCCUUACUAAUAUUAAUUGUUUUAUAUUUGGAUUAGUCUCUCCUAGAGUUAAAAACUGAUAGACCAGGGAAAUGCUGUGGACUGUUCCACGUUUCUUCUUCUUCGCCGGCUUCUAUUUGGACUGCCUAUCUGCUAGUAACCAAUGCAGAGAGGAACGGAGCAUAAGUGGGAUGGCUCUACAGGGAUUCGUCUUCAAAACUUUCUCCUUAAGAGCCUUUCAUGAGUGUGAUAUCAGGUGUGAAAGAGAACUCACCUGUCAAAGCUAUAACUACGUCGUAAGGGAAAAUUCGUGCGAACUGAAUAACCGCACCAAGGAGGCAAGACCUGAACAUUUCCGCUCAGACCCGGCACGUGUUUACUUACGACGCUUGAGCAAUCGGGUGCCUCUGGGUUCUAUUCCAGAGCUCCCAGCGCGUUCGUGUCAGGAAAUUAAGUCGAGCGAAGGCAAAGACACUACUAGCAGCAAGUACUGGCUUGAUCCAACCAGAAAUGGAACGGCAGUUUUGGUUCAUUGCGACAUGAACUUAGAAGUGUGUGGACCUGUCGGUGUAGAGGACAGUAACAAAAUACCAGAUGCUAGAAUGACGGCAAGCACAUACUUCAAUAUUGAUUAUUAUCCAUACUAUGGCCGGCUGAAUGAGAACAGGGGAGACGGAGCUUGGUGUGCAAAGAAAAAAGAAGAUAGAACAGACUAUAUUCAAGUUGAUAUGGGUGCUGUGCAUUCUGUUUGUGCAGUGGCGACACAAGGAGAAAAAGUACAGCAUGACUGGACCACUAGCUACAAACUGCAACUUUCUACAGAUGGAGUAACGUGGAACAGCUACAGGGAAAACAAUGUUGAAAAGGUGUUCGCAGGAAAUACAGAUCAAACCAGUGUUGUGAAGCGUUCACUCAGUCCUAACAUCACAGCAAGAUUCGUUAGAUUUUAUCCCGUGACAUAUUAUGAAUGGCCUUGUUUAAGAGUUGAAAUAUUUGUGUUAAAGUAAUCACACGAAAUUUGUUUUCACUACCGGCCUAAAGUUAAUUGCGAAUUUUGUUUAUUGGCGGUCUGUAUUCCGUUGGGAAAUAAUUGUCGAGUAGCAGCUGUCUUUUUUGCUUAGCAAACUUAAGAGGCUGUCUCUGUAAAAACCGACCACUGAUUUUACUUUGAAAAUUUUAUUUUUCUCAU